AUGCUCGGAAUUGACCCCGUAGUGCAGAGGCGGCGUAUGGACGAGUCGAUGACGCUGAUAAUGCGUCUGCUCAGGGAAACCGAGCCUAUUACAUACAAGUCGGAGUGGUUCAAUCUUGUAGAAGCUCAGUUGCAUCUGCGCCCCUACACAAAGCCUCACUUCCCCAUUGCAGUAGCAGCGGCGCAGUCUCCGUCAGGAAUGGUGCUGGCAGGCAAGCAUGGCGCAGGUGUGCUGUCCGUGAGCGUAACGCGCGGCGACAGCAUAGCCACCAACCUCGCGGACUUCUGGAAGAUCGCCGAGGAGACCGCCGAGGAGAAUGGCAACACGAUGGACCGCAAUGAAUGGCGCGUAGUCAUGCAUGUGCAUCUCGCGGAGAGCAAGAAGGAAGCCAUUGAGCAGGCGCGCGCGAACGCGGACGUUACCAGUACGACUACUUCGUGA